AUGAUAUGGUCCUUUGAGCGGCAUCUAUCAGAACUCUUCACACUCCACGCUGUCGUUAUCACCUCCGUCUUCACUCUUGUGCUAAGGAUGUUGAUCAGAGUCUGCCUUAUUGUUACGCAGUCCUCCUGCCCUAGACCUUAUCACAGUCUCUCUCUUGCCCCGUUAGAUCAGUCUGCUCUCUCCCUGGUUCACUCGACCCCUGCCACCCCCAUCUGUGCUACUCGAGGUGUUAUUCGCCCUCCUCUGCGUCUGGGUGACUAG